AUGAGUUUUGGUUUUGGAGUCGGCGAUUUCAUUGCCGUGAUAAACGAGGUCAGCAAGCUGAGAAAGGCCGUCGUUGGAGCCCCUCCUCAAUUUAAGGAGCUUUCAGAUGAAUUAAGAGCGCUACAGGCCGUGGUACACGAUGUCGAUGCCUCAUUGUCCGACGUUGAACUCGAUGGAAACCAAAAAAAUGAUCUAACGGCGAUUGCAAAGAGCUGUCGCAAUACUCUGGACGACAUCGAAAAAGUGGUCAACCAAUACUCCGCGAAAGAAUCCAAUCGCAUCGGAAGAAUUUGGAGGCGAGUCACUUGGGACUCUGACGAGCUUGGUCGUCUUCGGGAUCGGGUUUGCGUCAAUAUCGGAAAUCUUAAUGCGUUCAAUGGAAGGUUGGCUCGAAUUCAGAUUUCCGAUGUUCUGAUGAAUAUGUCCGAUGAGCAUGACCAGCUAUGUCUUGAUUGGUUGUCAUCGACAAGCCAUGCAAUUCAACAAGAAAAGUACGGCGACCUACGACAGCCUGGAAGUGGAAAAUGGCUCCUUGAUUCUCAAAUGUUUAUGGAGUGGAUUAGAGUGCAACAGCAAACACUCUUCUGCCCUGGUAUACCAGGAGCAGGCAAAACAAUUAUUGUCUCUGCAGUGAUCGAUGAGGUGAACAACAUUUACAAGGACAACCCGGAAGUCGGAAUUGCAUACAUCUAUUCAAAUUUCCAGUACCUCCAUGAUGACAGACAGAAGAUCAACUACCUGAUGGCAUCCAUUGCCAGGCAGUUAUUGCAAAGCAUGCAAAAAAUGCCUCCAGGCAUCCUCAAGAUGUUCAAUACUCAUAGGAGCAAAGGAACACGUCCAUCUACCAGUGAACUUUUUGAAGUCUUUUUAUCUAUAAUAGACAAACUCCAGCGAGUAUUUCUUAUCGUCGAUGCAUUAGAUGAGCUCGAUGAUCCGAACAAAUUCCUGGACCAGAUAUUUGGCCUCCAACGAACCGAGAAAGUGAGCUUUCUAGCAACUUCAAGAUUCAUGCCGGAAAUAGUAACCCGAUUCGAAGGCAUGCCUCUACUAGAGAUUCAAGCAUCCCGAGAGGACGUGACAAAUUAUCUCAGCACUAGUCUGAAGGACAUGCCUUACCUUUCAAAACAACCGAGACUUCACCCAGAGAUCAUAAAAGAAAUAUGCGAUGCAGUGGACGGCAUGUUCCUUUUAGCUCGACUGUAUUUGAACUCUUUGUCUGGAAAACUGACACCAAAGGCCAUUCGAACAGAAUUGAGAAAGUUCACAGGUGGCUCUCAAACGUACGAUGAUGUUUAUGACAAGACCAUGGAAAGAAUUACUGAUCAAAGAUCCGAUAUUCGGACCACGGCUCUGGGUGUUCUUGCAUGGAUAACGUAUGCCAAGAGACCUCUGACAGCCAUUGAGCUGCAACAUGCACUUGCUGUGGAACUAGGCGAGCUAGAGUUUGAUGGGGAUAAUAUAGCUGAUAUCGAUGACCUGAUUUCGGUGUGUGCCGGUCUAGUCACGAUCACUGUCGAUGGCUCAAGAAAUGUUGUUCGAUUGAUUCAUCAUACCGCUCAAGAAUACUUUGAGCAGAAGUUGAUUUCAUGGCUUCCUGGCCUUCAGCAAACUAUUGCUACAGCUUGCAUCACAUACAUUUCAUAUGAGACCUUUGCAACAGGGAGCUGCUCGGCGGAUGCUGAGUUCGAAACGAGACUUGAAACUUAUCCUCUCUACGCAUACGCAGCUAAAAAUUGGGGACACCAUGUUCACGAUCAGCCUACUAUCCAUCCAUUUCUCAUGGUCUUUUUGCAAGAUAAUCACAAGACAGACGCAUGUGGACAAGUUCUGUUUGCUCAGAAGGGGUUCAAAUCCCACGGGGCUUACAGCACUGACGUACCUCUGGGCGCGACGGGAUUACAUCUUGCUGCCUAUUUUGGCCUCGAAAAUACAGCAGUGGCUCUACUUGAGCGAUGUGAUAUGUGGUCAAAAACGGACUCAUUGGGCCGAACUCCCUUCGAAUGGGCGGCCUAUAGUGGACAUGAUAAGGUCAUUAAACUUCUCCUAGACAGAGGAUUCGAUGCAAAUCAACGGGGCAUUGGGUGUCGAUCGCCAAUAUCAUUAGCGGCCUCUGGAGGAUGGAUCAAAACUAUCAACUUACUUCUCGGCAGUGGUGUUGAAAUCGAAUCUCGUUGUGUACACGAUCGAACUCCGAUAUCUUGGGCCGCCUCUGAAGGAAACAGAGAAGCUGUGCAACUUUUGCUGGAAAAGGGUGCCGAUCCAUAUGCUAAAGAUAAAUAUGGCCAAACCCCCCUUUGGUGGGCAGUCUCAUCGAAUUGGCCUGAAAUAGUGGACCUGCUACUACAGUGGGGGUGUGAUCCUGAUUCUCUUGACAUAAAUAGCAGGACUGCUCUUUGCGAGGCGGCGGAAAAUGGCUAUGUUGCCGUGAUAGAUAUUCUGCUGAAAGCAGGGGCUAAUGCAGAUAUUAAAGAUAGAGAUGGCAGAACAGCUCUUGAUUUCGCCCUCCAAUAUGGCCAUGUCGAGACUACAAAGCUUCUCCAAGAAAACCCGUCGAAAGGACUGUGGCUCUACCCGGAAGGGAUUGAGAGAGACAUGGCUUUAAGCAACCUCUGUCGAAAUGAUGCAUCAAUCUCCUGGGAUAAUUCUGAAGCCGCUCGAUCCUUUGGAAAGCAGCCAAGAACUGUUUGGAAAUGCCCAUUUUGUGUUGAAAGGCCGCCUUAUUUGGUCUUCGCAGCGUUGAAACGUCAUAUUGGGGAAAUACAUUUUGGAAAAAGAAUUGGAAAUUUCGAAUGUCCCAAACCAGGCUGCACAGUGACUGCGCACAGGAAAGACAAACUCAUGGAUCAUGUUCGACGGACACAUACGGGUUAUACCACCGAUAAUCUUGCCGCAGAAGAGUCUCCUGUUCCUUCAAGUUGCCCUACUUGUGGUAUAGCCACGCACUCGUGGAGGCUUUUUUUUUCUUGUGUGAAAAAACACGCCAAAACUGUCAACUAA